AGUAUUUACCUGUGAAACACACAAACUCGAGCCACUUCUAAGAGCUUAUUACCUGUGAAGUCUAAAGAAGUCGAUGCUUCCAGAUCUCUUCAUCCAGGAGUUUCAGAAAAUGAUGUAAUGAAAGGCAUCAAACCGAGACGAGAGAAUGGGCAGGGGAAAGCUGCAGAUACUGCCAUCAAGAGGAACAUCAAAAAGAGUUAUCAUUACAGCUACAGGCCGUUGAGUAAGCAGAAGUCAGAGGAAGACCUCAAGGAUAAGAACCAGAUCUUAGAGGCCGUCAACAAGCAGUUACACCAGAAGUUGACUGAAACUCAGGGAAAACUGAAGGACCUGACUGAAAAGGUGGAGCUGCUGCAGAAGUUUCAGGACAACAGUUUGGCGAUUUUGGAGAGCAAGGGCCUCAACCCAGACAGUGAAACCCUAGAAUCACAGCAAGAAUCCAACCCGGAUCACGUGGACUCGGUGUUGCUGUUAGAAACUUUGCAAGAUGAAUUGAAGCUUUUUAAUGAAACAGCAAAAAAGCAGAUGGAGGAGUUACAGGCCUUAAAAGUAAAGUUGAAGAUUAAAGAAGAAGAGAGGGCCCGGUUCCUAGAGCAGCAGACCCUAUGUAACAGCCAAGUAAAUGAUUUUACAGCAGCCCUUGAGGAAAUGGAGCAGCUAUUAGAAAUGUGAUAAAAAGCAAGUGGCCAAAUGGCUCUCUCUUGGGGAUUAACUCUUGGAGGAAGCCACUAAGGACAUCUGCUUCUUGGCCGUGAUCUUCACCAUUCCAAGAAUGAAACCAGUUUGUGCAGUAGGAUUAAAGAUAGUUAGUGCUGGAAUGGCAGUUCCUCCUUUAAGAAAGUAUUCUCACUCGUCAGAUUGGUCAGCUCUCUGAACCUCAGAUGUACAUAAUUGAGGUCUACAAGAAGGGAAUCUGGAAGCUUGGAUCAACUCCUGGGCAGCAGAGCGACCCACUAUUAGAAACAGGAGACUAAGCCAGCCACAGCCAGAGGAUCCAAAAGGUCACAUUCAGAUGCGCAGGGAGAAACCCUGAAUCGUACCAUGGGGCACAGGUCUCCAUAGGAAACACCACUGAGGAGCCAUGCGGGCCCUCUAAUUUGGACACAUGGGAACUUAAAAUCACUUGAAAUGGCUUAAUAAAUGGGGUGAAGGUAUAGAUAGCAAUAACACCAACUGAAACAAUACACUUUGGAGCUUUUAAUCUAAAUCACUUCUGUGUUUUUAUAUGUAUAUAUAUAAAGUGCUAAUUUUAAAAUAAAUAUUUCUGUAACUUCAGAUUGCAAUGAGAAGUGAAAAUAGCCUUUUAAUUUUAAUAUAUUCACUGAGUAUUGAACUAAUGUAGACAAGUUCACACCUCUAAUUUAAUCCAGAAUCUUUCCCUUCCACUCAUUAAGUACUCCAUGCCUACGCGAUGCCUUUUCCCGGAACCUUCGCUUGCGUUCUGAGGGCGUUCCCUGUUUGUAGCAGCGGCCAAACUCCACCCACCAGAUUUGUGUCAGGAGCUGCCUGUCCUCCCUGUACUCCGGAGCAUGAUUCUGUCCCUGCUCUUUGCUUUGCACAGCCAACCCUGGACCUGGCUUCAUGGAUCCUUAAUCAACUGCAGUUCAUGGCAGGCCGCCCCUCCUCCCCCACUGCUGGUUUACCUAAGGAACAGCCAUAUUUCAUUUCUUAGACAAGGCAAUCAUUGGCCAGCCCCCUUUCCUUCUUUUCCUGCAGUUUUUUCAUCAAACCCAUCCACUAUUCAGCAUUGCUGCGGUUUCCCAGAGCCACCCAUUAAUGCCCCAACCCUAACCUACAGGGCUAAAUUCUUUUGCCUUCACACACACGUUCAUGCAGUUGGUUAUGUCCCAAAUAUUUUGAAGGGGGGAAAUCCAGUUAAACGGUUCUCACCGAUGAGAGGGGCUGAACAUUGUCUUCUACCCAUUUUCAAGAUGUUUACAGUUUAAAAGAUUGUUUACAGCAAAUGAAUUUGUUACUGCUAUUUCAGGCCCCCCAAGAAGUUUUACUUCCUUUUUGGAAGGAGAGGGUGGGAAACUCGGUUGUGGGAUCCUCACCUCCUUGUCAUGCCUCCCGAGUAACGCAGGGAAUGGAAUGAUCUUAAUGUCUAUCAUUACUCAUCUUCCCCGUGUAGAGACCCUGCUCUCGUGGCCUGGUCUCCCCAAGGGGCUUUCACUUCAUGGUUCUGCUUUGCACCACCAGCCAGCCUUGGUGCACUCCUGACUUUAUUCCCUCUGACCUGUGCUGUUGAAUCUGUCGCUUGUGCAUGUGGCUUAAUCUGAUCUGGAACCUAAACAGAUUGAUACACAAACCCAGCAAAUAGUGAUCUGCACCCUCUGCUUUGCUAGCUGCUAUAGGAAACUUAAUGUAGCAUGACAUUCUAAACCUCAAAGCUUACAGUCUUGUUUGGUGAAACAAACAAUGCAGGUCAUAAACAAGUUAAAUAAAAGAUAAUGCUUUAUCAACAAUGGGUGGUGUGAUAACAGCUGUGUUCUACAGUAAACUGGGCUAGGCUUAUGGAGGAGGUAGACUGGGAACUGAAGGAAAAGUAACAUUUGAAGAGGCUGGCAAAAAAGUUGAGGACCCGCCAAGUUGGUGAACACAUGGAGAAUUGGCGACAGUGGCAGGAUCAUUGGAAACUCCAGGGAGAAAAUAAAAUUAUGGAAGAUUAAAAGAGACGGGGGGAUCCAGAUGAGUCUUGGGGAACAUAGUAAGAGCAAUGGGCUGUUAAGAGUGUUCAAGAUGAGAAGGGAUUAUGUCUGACAUUUAACUGAACAUUUGUAAUAUGCAAAUGUAUCUAUGUUCCUCAUGUAUAGUCUCAUGUAAUCCUCAUUAUAAGCAUACAAGGUAAGGACUAUUACUCCAUUUUACAACUGGGGAGAUAGCUCAGAGAAGUUAAAUU